CGUGUGGUAAUAAGAAAUUGGCGGGGCACGUUUUCUGCGCGUGUACUCGGCGGCGUGUCUUUCCACUCUGCGAGGCAGCAGCGGGUCUAUUUAUAGAAACAAUGUUGCGGUAGAGGAAUCAAUCAAACUGGGGCUAAAACAGUGUUUUCAUGACAAUCUGCUGCUUUUUCACCGCUGCAAUCUGCUGAGCCUCCUCUCUGCGCUCUGCCGGGUCAUGGGGACAGGACGGUGCAUUUCUAUCUAUAACAUCUCAGCUGAUGCCAAAUGAUGCCUUUUCCUCUCCUGCUCUCCAGGAAAGCACACCGGUGGACUGCAAACUUUUGCACCAUGGAACCCACUAUACUUUAUGGCAACAGCUGCUGCAAUGCUUUCGGGUGCUCUUGUAGUUUUGUGUCUUUUUUCAGUCUUAGAAUUUAUAAAGAACAUUGCAAUUUGGGGAUGUGAGUGAGAUUUAUUUAAUGAUAAUGAACUAAAUGAGGAAAAAAGCGUACUGUUUUUCAUAUUCUGGUUACUUCUAUUAAGUGUGAGCACAUUUUUUUCUGCUGGCUCCUAUGGGAAUUAAGCACUCGUCCCGCUGCAUGCUCCUCAGGAGAAAAAUGGCGGAGUCUGAGAGCAUUGAGCAACCACAGCCACAGUCGCGGCCAAUCCGCAUAAUUCCGUCCCAAUCGGCGCAGCCCACCGCGUUGCCCAAGCCGGUGCCUUCCAUACAGCAUGCCUCACGGCCUCCUCUGCCACCGCACACGCCCCAUGCUGCCAGCCUCCCUAGCUGUCCUGGGCGGGGGAAGAUGUCCAAGUUCCUUAGCCCGGAGGAGAUGACCUCACGGGAUUACUACUUUGACUCUUACGCCCACUUUGGCAUUCAUGAGGAGAUGCUGAAGGACGAAGUGAGGACGCUCACCUACAGGAACUCCAUGUACCACAACAAGCACGUCUUCAAGGACAAGAUAGUGCUGGAUGUUGGAAGCGGGACCGGGAUCCUGUCCAUGUUUGCGGCCAAGGCGGGGGCAAAGCACGUGUAUGGGAUUGAGUGUUCCAGUAUAUCAGAGUACUCAGAGAGGAUCAUCAAGUCCAACCACCUCGACAGCGUGAUCACCAUCUUCAAAGGAAAGGUGGAGGAGGUGGAGCUUCCUGUUGAGAAGGUUGACAUCAUAAUAUCUGAGUGGAUGGGCUACUGCCUCUUCUACGAAUCCAUGCUCAACACCGUCAUCUUUGCCAGGGACAAGUGGCUGAAACCCGGUGGAUUAAUGUUUCCUGACCGUGCUUCCCUGUACGUGGUGGCCAUAGAGGACAGGCAGUACAAAGACUUCAAAAUACACUGGUGGGAGAACGUGUAUGGCUUCGAUAUGACCUGUAUCCGAAAUGUGGCCAUGAAGGAGCCACUGGUGGACGUAGUGGACCCCAAACAGGUGGUGACCAACUCCUGCCUUAUCAAGGAGGUGGACAUCUACACAGUGAAGGCUGAGGAUCUCUCAUUUACCUCAGCGUUCUGCCUGCAGAUCCAGAGGAACGACUACAUCCAUGCACUGGUCACCUACUUCAACAUCGAGUUCACCAAGUGUCAUAAGAAGACUGGUUUCUCCACUGCACCAGACGCUCAAUACACCCACUGGAAGCAGACAGUGUUUUACCUGGAGGACUACUUGACUGUGCGGAGAGGAGAGGAGAUCGUUGGCAGUAUUGCUAUGAAGCCCAAUGAGAAGAACAUUCGCGACUUGGACUUUACCUUCGAGCUGGAUUUCAAAGGGCAGCUGUGUGAAGCGGCCAUAUCUCACGACUACAAGAUGCGUUAAAAGUUGGACAGGGGGACGUUGUUGGUCCACUGAGAACAACCCCUGAGCAGUAGAGGGAGACAGAGACACUCCCAUGACCACAGACAGACACAUAGUGUGAUGUAAGAGGGGACAGAGUAAGAGAAAAGACCAGGCCCAAGACCAAGCAGAGGUGGCCCCGUUGACAACAUCACUAUUGUCACUCCAGUGUUUGACGAAGGCAGGAAGUUACUCAUGCUGACUGUUAAACAAUUCUGAAUGUAACGCCAACAAAAAGAGGUCAGGAAUAUUUCCUAGUCUCGAUGAAUGUUAUUGAUUAUUGAUGUGCGUAUAUGUGAGAUGGAGUGAUGUACCUGUGUGUUUUGCUGAAUAUUUGUUUUAACAAUAACCCGGACCUUAGGGAGGGAUAGUCGCCAUCUUUUAAAUUACAGUAGAGCUCAUGUAAUCAAUUACUGUAUCAUCCACAUUCUGCUAUGAGUAGACAAUAAAUUUAAGGUGUAGUUCUUAUGUCAUAUUCUGUACUGUAGGGAAUGGUUACCAGACAAACACUUUUUUCAUUUAUAGUUGUAUCAAUUUAACAAUGUUGGGAAACUUACAGCAAUCAAAACCACAGCCAAGGACAACCCUGCGUACGUACAUGUAUGUGUAACGUGAAAGGUAACACGUGUUUGCAUAGUCAGUGUACUAGUAGCUUUGUGUGUGUGUGUGUGUGUGUGUGUAAUAGAAGAUGUCACACUGUUGCACAGCUCGGACUCCAGAUGUGCCCUGCCUGUGUUGUCAGUUUAAGAAAGUAAUGUUGACAUGCCAAUAACAUACCUUCCCCCAUCCUCAAUGCCUUGACCAAGUGCCGAAGUGUUCCUAGUUCCACUGCUGGAUUAUGCUUUAUUUCGAUAGUGUCAUAUGUAGAUGCUUGCCACUCUCCUUUCAUUGGUUUAUUAAUGUUAGAUGUCACUUAAAUCACAGGCCUAAGCCAUGAAGCUUCUUCGGUCUGCAUCCAGGCACAAUUCAUGUCAAGAAAUCUAGGCCCACAUAGCAACUAGCUCUCUGAUAUCAGAGAAGUAUUUUAAUAAUGCAUGAUCACCCACAGGACCCCUGUACCAAUAUCUUGGUUUGACCCUCAUGAGGCUACGAAUUAUAUAUCUUGUAACAAGCUAGUUUCUGGAGUACCCUCACACGAUGUGGUACCAGAGUUUACAGGCUGUAUCUCAGACUAAAAUGCAUUGCAUCGCACACAGUUCCAGCAGCAGUGCAUUGAAGCUGAUGAAAACCAUCUUUCCAUUUCACCUGUGCUCGUACUAAGGUCAAUGAAUACUGUAGGUGCCCAAUGAGGGGUGUUCUUCAUUAAGACACACAUUGAUCUGGGCAAACAUUAUGUCACAUUAAAGGAAUACUCCAGCCAACAAAAGACUAUUUGUAUAUGAAUUACUCACCCCGUGUUAACAUUGGAAUAGGGAAGAAAACUUUAUUUUUCUCGCAUGUCCCCACGGUGAACGAAGAAUCCAAAAAUUGAGAAAAUUCUUGAUGAAUUGAAGUAAUAGGGGUCCACAUUUAACACCAGCAAAACUAUAUGAAAACACAUGCACUUCACUUAAACCGUACUAUUUAAAACACUUCCUCGUAAAUAUUGGAAGUGCACUA